GUGGCGUAGUGGGCUAGUGGGACACGAGAGCGCACGAGAGGGAGAGAGAGAGAGAGAGAGAAAGGAGGAGGAGGAGGCGCGUGUGUGAAGAGCAACAGGGCGAGGCUGCGUGUGUAUGUGUGUGAGUGUGUGUGUGUCUGUGUGCGCCGUGGUGCAUGUGUGUCGGGCGAGACAUCAUCACAGAGAUUCCAAACAUGUAGAUGCCCGAACGGACAGCGCGCGCGGAUGACACCAUGCUGAGCCCAAAGAUACGACAGACGCGGAGAGCCCGCUCUAAGAGUAUGGUGAUGGGAGAUGUGUCCGGCGGUGGCCUGCGUGUGUGUUCUCCCUGUGGCCAGGAGGGGGCGCUAAAGGCUGGCUGGCUGAGGAAGCAGCGCAGCAUCAUGAAGAACUGGCAGCUGCGCUGGUUUGUGCUCCGAGCAGACGUGCUCUACUUCUACAAGGACCAGGAGGAGACCAAACCACAGGGAUGUAUCCGUCUCCAUGGCUGCCAGGUGAGGGAGCAGACGUCCAACCAUGAGGACGGAGGCCGGCACCUGUUUGAGAUCCUUCCAGGUGGAGGGGAUAAGGAGAGGUCUUCAGUGGGCAGUGAGUCGUUGCUGCUGAUGGCCGCCUCCCAGUCGGAGAUGGAAGAAUGGGUCCGGGCCCUGCAGAGGGCCAUCUGGGGCCCGCUAGGAGGAGGUGUGUUUGGCCGGCGUCUGGAGGAGACGAUGGAGUGUGAGCGCGUGAAGGGUGUGUGUGUGCGUCUGGCGCCCCUGCUGGUGGAGCAGUGUGUGUGUUUCAUCCGUGAGCGCGGCCUCAGCGAGGAGGGCCUCUUCAGGAUGCCCGGCCAAGCCAACCUGGUCAAGGAGCUGCAGGACGCCUUCGACCGCGGGGACAAGCCACAGUUCGAUAGUAACACAGAUGUGCACACGGUGGCGUCUCUACUGAAACUCUACCUGCGGGAGCUCCCUGAGCCAGUGAUUCCCUUCACUAAGUACCAGGACUUCAUCAGCUGCGCUCAACUACUGCUCAAGGACCAGGAGGCGGGCCUCCUAGAACUGGGGAAUCAGGUGAAGACUCUUCCUCAGGCCAACUACAACCUCCUCAAAUACAUAUGCAAGUUCCUGGAUGAGGUGCAGUCCUACUCAGAUGACAAUAAAAUGGGGGUGCAGAAUCUGGCCACUGUGUUUGGUCCAAACAUUCUGCGCUCCAUGACCGACGACCCAGUCAGGAUGAUGGAGGGUACAUCCCAGGUCCAGCAGCUAAUGACAGUUUUGAUCAGUGCUCACACACAGCUGUUUGACGGAGCAGGUGUGUGUGAGGAGGGUGAGUUGUGUGUGGAGCAGGCGGGGACUCCCCAGCGCUGUGCGGUGGAGUGGGAGGCACACACAUACACACCCGCACACACCCCGGAGGCCCAGACCUCACACACACCCACAAACACACACCCCCCAGAGCCCCCACGCGCUGAGAGCCCCAGCAGACAGCGCCCCCUGUCUGGGUGGAGGUGCUCCUUCAGGGGCGGCCGCAUCGGGGGGUCAGCUGUGGAUGUGUCCACCACCAACUCCGGCGUCGGAGGAGGAGGUGGUAGUUGGCUGAUGAACGGCCUGUCGUCGUUACGCAACCACCGCCGCACAUCGUCAGGGGAACGGGUGCGAGAGCCGUCCCACGCCGGACACCGCCUGUCCACCUACGACAACGUCAGCAUGCCCUCGUCCAGUCUGAGCGUGCCCAGUGUGAGCUCGGCCUCCUCCUGCGAGAUCGCACUACCAGACGGCGCCACCGGGGGCGCCAGAGAGCCCAGCGCCUCCUCAAGCACCGCGGGUCAGCCAGACGUCCAAGACGAGAGUGUGUGUGUGAGCGGGAGGGCUACACCAGACCCAGUGUGUUGAGUGGUAGGGCUACACCAGACCCAGUGUGUGUGGCCGGAGGCUACACCAGACCCAGUGUGUGUGAGUGGACGAGCCACACCUGACGCAGUGUGUGUGAGUGGUCAAGCCACACCUGACCCAGUGUGUGUGAGUGGUCGAGCCACACCAGACCCAGUGUGUGUGAGUGGUCGAGCCACACCAGACCCAGUGUGUGUGAGUGGUCGAGCCACACCAGACCCAGUGUGUGUGAGUGGUCGAGCCACACCAGACCCAGUGUGUGUGAGCGGCAGUGUGUGCAAUGGUGAUGCUGAAGAGGCGGAGUCAAAGGCUAAGGCUGGCAGCCAAUCAGAGCAGAGUGAGGGAGCGCUGGUGAUGGAACUGAAGUCAGAACUCAAGAAGCAGAAGAUCUCUUAUGAAAAGAGGAUACGCAUGUUGGAGGAGUGUAACGCGUCCCUGCGCUUGCGAGUGGAGCGUCUGGAGGUGGAGCUUGACCAGGAGCAGAAGCGUCUGCGCAUGCUGGAGAUUAAGCUGCGCAACUCUGAGCGCGCUCAGAACGACGCCGACAAGAGGAACCACAUGCUGCAGACCGAGAUGGAGGAGUUCUUCUCCACGCUCGGAGAGCUCACUCAGCCGGGCAAAAUAUAACACACACACACACACACACACACACAUACACACACACACACACACACACACACACACACACAUAUAUACAUAAGACACAUACAGUACAAACACACACACACACACACACACACACACACACCCUCAGGUCUAGCUUGCAGUGACUGAGAUUGACACAGACAUGAAUGUUGUUGAGAAUGUAACUUCAUCUCUGAUGUCACGGGUCAGCUGAUGCCCAUCCCCGCAUCAGACAUCCUUAUAUGGAGGAUGGAGGGCUGGACCAGUGAUGACUGACAGGUGAUGCAGUAUCCCUUAGCCCCACCCCCUUGGAGUAGCCUGACACACACACACACACACACACACACACACACAGACACACACACACACACACAUAUGAGACCUGUAUGAAACCAUACACACACACACACAAACUUCCUCACACAGACACACACACACACACUCCCUCUCUCUCUCUCACUUGCACACACACACACACACAUGAGACCUAUAUGAAACCAAAGCAUGAUGACCCUCCCACAACCAUGAGUCCCCCCAAGGUGGGUUGCCAAUGGAAACAGCUCUCCUGGCCCUCCUGUUGUGCCUUUCUAGCUGAACCCUCAACUCUGACCCCGUUACCAUGGUUUCCUCUGACCUGCAGACCUCCAGCCAUGACAUGAUGAGACCGUGACCUCUAUGACCUCAGUGUUCUAAGGCUCCUCAUUGGCUGGUUGUGUGUGUUUUGUGUGUGUGUGAGUGUGUGUGUGUGUUCAAAACCCAGGAACCUCAGCCAGCCAUCUAGGCACGAGCAGCCUCCUAUUGUGUGUGUGAGUGUGUGUGUGUGCGUGCAUGUUAACUGGCUUAUAACUGGGUUACACACACACACACACACACACCUCAUGACUGACACGAUGGUCAUACGCAUACAUACUGAGAGGGCCCAAACAAUCCUGCCCUCUUCUGUGAUGUCACAAGGGACUUUGAUCUGAAACCAGGACUGAAAGUGAACAUCGUCCGAUGACCUCAAAGGAGCAUGGGCUGGUCAUCUAUGCCGUUUGUUCUUGUUAAAGGGGCGUGGGCUGGCUGAGAGCAGAAGUGGUGUGACAAGCACGGGAGGACUGGCACUACCAAGACUGUGAUGUCAGAGCAGCACACAAUUGUCGUGCGUGUGUGUGUGUGUGUGUGUCAAGCGAAACCUUUGAAGUCUUUAAACGGUCCCCUUUCUUUAGAAUGUGAAUGUGGCAGUAGAAUGUGAGUGGCCUUGUCGUAGUGAAUGUUGUGUGUUUCUGUCUGUGAGACAUCCGUGUCGUGACCAGACUGACCAGUGCAUCGCUACAGAAGACGACGUCUGUUUGUGCUUGAUCUCCAUGACGACUGAAGAUGUGAGCGUUCCCUCCGCCGCGCUCUCCGUUCCCCCAGGAGGUUGCUAGCGGUUACGCUUGUGUAUUAUUUAGAUGCAGAGUAAACAUGUAAACAAGUCACCAGGCCAGACGGAGGGUAAAGAGGUAAACAAGUCUGUGCCGUGUGUCCUUUAGCAGAAGACAAUUAAAGUUUGAAAUUGAAAGUGGAAUUGAAAACAAUUAAACUUUGUAGCUUAAUCAGA